GCCCUUCCUUCCCUCCCUCCCCCUCCCUCCUUCCCCAGCCCUCUGCAGCCGCACAGUCAGUCAGUCAGUCGCUGCCGUCCAGCCAGAGUGGUGGGGAGCAGAGCGGGCUAGUGGCACUGCAGCAUGGCAGCAGCCUGAGGCCCUCUGGGCCCCUCGCCUUCGCCCCCUCAGCAUCCAGAGGGAUCCCCUCCUCCCCAGCCCGAAGCUGGACCGCGGGCCCCAGGAGAGCCUCCUCCUUGCCCCACCUUGGGACUCGCUGCUCCAGACGGGACCCGGAGGCCGGCCGAGUCCAGAGGCAAAAGGUUUCCUUGCUAGAGGGGCCCGGAGGAGGAGGAGGAGGAGGAGGAAGGAUGAGUGAGGAGCAGGACCUUUCCGAGGUGGAGCUGAGCCCCGUGGGCUCCGAAGACCCUCGGUGCCUGUCCCCCGGAGGCCCCUCCAUGGGGCCCGAUGGCUCGGCCCUCCACGCCAGCCCGGGGCCGGGGGAGCUGGGCAAGGUGAAGAAGGAGCAGCAGGACUCGGAGGCGGACGACGACAAGUUCCCCGUGUGCAUCCGGGAGGCCGUGAGCCAGGUGCUCAGCGGCUACGACUGGACCCUGGUGCCCAUGCCCGUGCGCGUCAACGGCAGCAGCAAGAGCAAGCCGCACGUGAAGCGGCCCAUGAACGCCUUCAUGGUGUGGGCACAGGCUGCCCGCAGGAAGCUGGCCGACCAGUACCCGCACCUCCACAACGCCGAGCUCAGCAAGACCCUGGGGAAGCUGUGGAGGCUGCUGAACGAGAGCGACAAGAGGCCCUUCAUCGAGGAGGCGGAGCGCCUGAGGAUGCAGCACAAGAAGGACCAUCCCGACUACAAGUACCAGCCGCGGCGCAGGAAAAACGGGAAGGCGGCCUCCGGCGAGGGGGAGGCUCCCGGGGACGGGGAGCCCGGAGGGGCGGCCGCCAUCCAGGCCCACUACAAGAACGCCCACCUGGACCACAGGCACCCCGGCGAGGGCUCCCCCAUGUCUGACGGGAACCCCGAGCACUCCUCAGGCCAGAGCCACGGCCCCCCCACCCCUCCGACCACCCCAAAGACCGAGCUGCAGUCGGGCAAGGCCGACUCCAAGCGGGACGGGCGCUCGCUGGGGGAGAGCGGGAAGCCGCACAUCGACUUCGGCACCAUGGACAUUGGCGAGAUCAGCCACGAGGUGAUGUCCAACAUGGAGACCUUCGACGUGGCCGAGUUCGACCAGUACCUGCCCCCCAAUGGACACGCCGGCCACCCCGGGCACGUGGGGGGCUACGCCACGGCCGGCUACGGGCUGGGCAGCGCGCUGGCGGUGGCCGGCGGACACUCGGCCUGGAUCUCCAAGCCGCCCGUGGCCCUGCCCGCCGCCUCGCCGCCGGGCGUGGAUGCCAAGGCCCAGGUGAAGACGGAGGCGUCGGGGCCGCCGGGCCCCGCCCACUACGCCGAGCAGCCGUCCACCUCCCAGAUCGCCUACACCUCCCUGAGCCUGCCCCACUACGGCUCCGCCUUCCCCUCCAUCUCCCGGCCGCAGUUCGACUACUCCGACCACCAGCCCUCGGGACCCUACUAUGGCCACUCGGGCCAGGCCUCGGGCCUCUACUCGGCCUUCUCCUACAUGGGGCCCUCCCAGCGGCCGCUCUACACCGCCAUCUCCGACCCCAGCCCCUCCGGGCCUCAGUCCCACAGCCCCACGCACUGGGAGCAGCCGGUGUACACAACACUCUCCAGGCCCUGAGGGCUGCUGGGAGCCCUCUGGCAGGCCCUCCCGGAGGCGCCGCCCCCCGCCGCGGCCGCCGAAGGGGGAGGGGCUGCGGGCCCAGGCUCCUCCCCCUCCCCUCCGCCUCGGCCCCCACUCGCCUCUCCUGGCCUAGACGGGGCCUGUCGGUCCGGACCUCGGUGGGAUACGCUUAUCUUGGCCGGCCACGGGCCCAGGGAGGGCCCUGUAGCCCGCUCCCGUGAAGGCGGGCCUCCCGCGGGCCGGCAGACUUUGCUUCUUUCCCCGGGCACGGAGGAUGCCUGUCCAGAGUCCCACCGCCUCCCCGGGCUGCCCAGAGACCUGAGAAACUGACCGGGCUGACCCUCUGAGGCCGUGCGGGGCAAAGGGUGGGGGGACGGUUCCUGGAGGCCUCCCUCUCCCCACCAAACUGACCGUGCCUGGAGGAGGCAGGAGAGAGGGCCCUCCCCGCAGGGGCCAGAGACUCCCAGCCUCCUGCCUUCCCCUUCUUUGUUAAUGGAAAGCCGCUGGCGGGGAGGUGGGGGACAAUUAAUGAAGGGGUGCUCGGCGGCCACUGCUGUCCCUCCCCCGACGCCUGCCCGGCCCGUGUCCCCCGUCUGUUCCCCUCUUCCCCGACCGAGUCCCAGGUUGGAGAGCUCGGCCUACCCGCCCCAGCUUAGCUCCCCAUCCCAGGAGAAGGCGAGAGCUCGGGGCGGCAGCCAGGACCUCCGUGAAGACACCAAAAUACCGAUAUGUACGUCCUCCUCCGCUCUGCCACGGGCCCUACCCAGCCCCCGGCCCCAACCCCAGCCCGACCCUCGGUGUUUGAGUAAAAUAUGUAGCUGCGUCUGUCCCCUUCCCGGCUCCCGCCCCCGUCCACGUAUAACGCAUUAUUGCCCGUCCUCCCCCCUAUUUAUCUCAGUAGCCCCUCGCCCACCCCUGCCUAGCCCCUAUUAACUCUGCAUUAAGCAAUCCAGAAUAAUAAAAUUAAAGGUUUCAGUUA